UGCCAGACAGCAGCAACUACAAAUUGUGCCUGUCUUUCGUAAUUCAGUUUACAAUUAGCAGUCAAAGUGUGUGCACUCGUUUCGUUAAUACUGAAAUGAUUUUUAUUUUCCUCGUGAUAACGGCAACUAGUUUGCUCUAUGUCUAUCUGAAAUGGACAUUUAGCUACUGGGAACGUAAUGGAUUUCCUUCGACUGGCACUAGCAUACCCUUUGGAACCUUGGAUGCAGUAUGUCGUGGGAAAAGAUCCUUUGGCAUGGCCAUCUAUGACAUGUAUCUGUCUUGCAAGGAUCCUUUGGUUGGGAUUUAUCUCAGUCUUCGACCCGCUUUAUUAGUACGUGAUGCUCAAUUGGCCCAUGAUAUGUUGGUCAAGGACUUUGCCAGUUUCCACGAUCGUGGAGUUUAUGUGGACGAGAAGAAGGAUCCCAUGUCAGCGGGACUUUUCGCUUUAAAGGGUACAGAUUGGAAGACAAUGCGGCAUAAAUUAAGUCCCUCCUUUACCACGGGAAAGUUGAAAGCAAUGUUUUCCACUUCCGAAGCCGUGGGAGAUAAAUUGGUAGCUCAUUUGAAUGCGAAGCUCCCUCAAGAAGGCAGCAUGGAAAUCGAUAUCAAGAAGCUAAUGUCCAUCUAUGCCAUUGACAUAAUUGGAUCAACAAUUUUCGGCCUAGAUGUGGACAGUUUUGCAGAUCCAAAGAAUGAAUUCUAUUCCAUUAGCAAAACUGUAAAUAGACCAAUUUUUAAGGAUAUUAUUCGAGGAACUUCAUCAUUUCUAUAUCCCAAAUUGGAAAAGUUUUUCGUGGCUAUUGGUUGGAAACAAGAAUCCCUAGAAGACAUGAAGGAUCUGGUAAACCGGACCAUCGUUUUCAGGGAACAAAACAAUGUGAUUAGGCGUGAUAUGCUGCAGUUGCUCCUUCAGUUACGCAACACGGGAUCCAUCAGCAGUGACGACAACAUGUGGUCGGCCGAAAAGAAUCAAUCUAAUUACCUUAAAACGCUUUCGAAUGACCUAAUAGCUGGACAACUAUUCUUGUUCUUCGUGGCCGGCUAUGAGACGACUGCAUCAACGGCGGCUUUUACCCUGUACGAGAUGGCCCAAAACCCUGACGUCUUAGCCAAGGCUCAGGAGAAUAUACAACGCACGCUUGAGAAGCAUGAUGGAAAAUUGACCUAUGAUGCCAUACAGGAUAUGCAAUAUCUGGAACUCUGUCUCAAAGAAACCGCUCGUAAAUAUCCCGCCCUCCCUCUGCUUAAUCGCGAAUGUACAAAGGAUUAUGAAGUAGCCGGAGGCAAAUUGAUUAUUAAACAAGGCACUCCCAUUAUAAUUUCAUUGAUUGGUCUACAUCGCGAUGAGGAAUACUUUCCAGAUCCUCUGAGAUACUUUCCCGAACGUUUUACCGAGGAGCAUAUGAACCACAAUCCAGCUGCUUAUAUGCCUUUCGGCGAAGGACCACGACAAUGUAUCGCUGCCCGUAUGGGAAAGGUGAAUGCCAAAAUCGCAUUGGUUAAAAUUCUCAUAAAUUACAAUCUUGAAACGCUUCCGGAGAAGCGUGAAAUUGAAUUUUCAAAUCACGGUGUUCCCCUCAUUGCUAAGGGUGGUGUUCCCGUCAAAUUGUCCCAGAAAGUUGGCAAGUUUGCCUAGCAAAUCUUAUCUAUUAAAUAAACCAAAAUAUAUUCAAAAUUUAAUCUUAAAUUUCGAGUCGUUUUACCUAUCCCAAUAAAUUAUGAGUUAAAUCAAUUCCUGUAUUAUUAAAUA